AUGUUUUUCUUUUUAUCACUUGUUUCAUUAACUCUUUCAAAUGACUGUAAUGCCUUUUGCAGUGAAUGUAAAAAUGGUCGAUGUAUUAAGUGUAAAGAGAAUUUUAUUAAUAAUAAUGGUAAAUGUAUUUAUUUUAAACAAGAAAUUCUGAACUGUCAACUUUACAUUGAAGGGUGUGUCUUAUGUAACCAUGGGUAUUAUCUUUCUAAUGGGAAUUGUAUUCAAGUGAACCUUCCGAAUUGUAUUGAACAUGACCAAACAGGAUCAUGCAUACAAUGUAUCACUGGUUACUUCAUUAAUGACAAAGGACUUUGUCAGAGCUGUCCACCAAAUUGCAUUGAGUGCAUAGCUAAUAAGUGUUCAAUUUGCGAAGAUGGGUAUUAUCUUAUUAAUGAAACAUGCAUUAAGGGAAACAUUAAACAUUGUGAGCGUUAUGAUAGUCUUGGGAACUGUGAUACAUGUUCUUUUGGUUAUGGAGUUAAUAACGGACUAUGUGAAGUAUGUAAAGUUAAAGAUUGCCAAGACUGUAGCUUAUAUGAUGAAUGCUUACUUUGCAACGGAGGAAAUAAGCGAUUGUUUAAUAAUAGUUGCCAGGAUUUCAUACCAACACAAAACUGUAAAGAAUAUGAUACCGAUUUUAUUGAAUGCUUGGACUGUGAAAAAGGAUAUUACCUUGAAAAAUCACACUGUUUUUCCUGUCCAUUGCACUGUGCGUACUGUAACUCUGACCAUUGCAACCAAUGUGACGAUCAUUAUUUUUAUGAUGGAAAAAGGUGUUCUCGUUGUUUCUUGAAGAAUUGUAUAAAAUGUUCUUCCUCUGACACAUGUACACAAUGCGAAGAUGGUUAUUAUCUUUACAAUAACGUUUGUCAUAAAAAAAUAAAGCAUUGCAAAAAAGAAAGUAAAUUAAAGUGUCAAGAGUGUGAUGAAGGGUUUUAUUUAACAGUAGGUAUUUGUAUUCAAGGUGUUGCUCACUGCUUAUCUCAUAAAAAUCACGGACAGUGUCUUCAAUGUGCCCCAGGAUAUUUCUUAACUGAGAACUAUUUAUGUUCUCAGUGCCAUUCCUCGUGUAAAACAUGUGAGGGUUCUUCAAUCCUUUGUACCUCAUGUCAUACUGGUUUUAUUGGAAAAGACUCCCAGUGCCUUACUUGUAUGGAUAAGUUUUGUAGUAAAUGUACUAUCGAUGGAACUUAUUGUUCAGAAUGUGAGUCAGACGCUUAUGAAAAUCAUAACGGCGUCUGCGAGUCUUGUCAAAGAGAUUGCCACCAGUGCGAUGGCCAUGGACAUUGUAAUUACUGCUACAAUGGCAGUCAAAACAAAACUGAAUUUUCCCAAGAUGGAACUUGCCUUUACAGUGAAAAGAACGAUGAAGGAAAUGGCUUUUAUUAA